AGGAAAUCUCGCGAAGAAAUUUUCCGCUUGUUUCCGGUCAGUUUUGUGCCGCUGAAAGAAGAACUUAUCUUUAUCAUAAUAAUUAUUUAAGGUAGUUAGCAAACAAUAAAUAGCUUAAUUAUCAGCGCGUUUGUCUACAGAUAACUCCCUUACCAAACGCUCAGAUGUCUGAGGACCUGGUGAAACAGUUGAACAGCUACAAAGCUCAGCUCCAGCAAGUCGAAUUUGCUUUGUCUACCGACACUGAAAAUGAAGACCUUCAAAAGCUUCAGAAGGACUUACGGGAGGUUAUUGAACUUACAAAAGAUCUGCUGAGCUCACAGCCCACUGAUGGAACCUCAACUACCACCAGUACAGAAAAACCUCCCAAAAAGCAUACCUGGAAAGUGGGAGAUCGAUGUAUGGCUUUGUGGGGUAAUGAUGGACAGGUGUAUGAAGCGGAAAUUGAGGAGAUAGACCGAGAGAACGGAACUGCAGCCAUAAACUUCAUCGGAUAUGGAAACGCUGAAGUGGUUCCUCUGCAGAACAUCAAGGCCUUGGAGGAGGGAAUGCUCUCUAUUGACGAUGGAGGUGCAAAGGCAAAGUCCAAGAAAGAGAUGAUAGCAGAGCAACGGGAAUAUAAAAAGAAAAAAGCCCAGAAAAAGGUCCAAAGGAUGAAGGAGUUGGAGCAGGAGAGGGAAGAGCAAAAAUCCAAAUGGCAACAGUUCAACAACAAAGCAUACUCGAAGAACAAAAAAGGACAGGUCAAAAGAAGCAUAUUUGCUUCCCCGGAAAGCGUAAACGGAAAGGUGGGAGUGGGAACUUGUGGUAUAGCAGACAAACCGAUGACCCAGUACAAUGACACGUCAAAGUACAACGUCAGGCAUUUAAUGCCCCAGUGAUUUCACAUUCUGUACAUAAUUUGCUAUAAUAUGAGCUGAAUCCGUGCUUUCCAUUGUGUUUAUACGUGAUAUUAAACUCUCAAGUAAAGAAAGCUUUCAAAGGAGUUGCUUGCACACCAGUGUUUGAAUAAUUGUGGAAUUUUUCUUUCCUUAUUGUAUUGUGUAAGUCCAACAACAAUCAGUAGGAGGGAGGUUUUCCGGCACUGGAUUGCAGUCCGCUGUGGUAAAAACAGGCUGUCAUUAAGAGGCUGUAGAUUUUUGUUGUUCGACUACAGCAAAAGGCUCCGCCCCUGAGACCCGUAAAGCCAUACAUGUCUAGAUUUGAGGUGUACGUUUGUCUAGUCCAAAAGUUUAGAAAUCUGAAUUUAGAUUAUGGUGUUGAUUUGAAAGUGCUCCAGAUGCAUUUAAACAUAUGUAUAUACAUAACAGUGAAAUAAAGGAUUUGUUUUUGGUUUUUAAAAAUUCGCCAUCUCCCAUUUUCUGCUCUGAUGUUGUUGUGUUUGUCCUGUAGGUGGCAGUAAAGACUCAAAUACGACAGAGUGUUAGAUUAACCAUAAAAGUUUAAUUAUGAUAAAAAAUUCAACAUAAAUAAAAUUAUAAAUUUAGGAUCAAAAAGUUGUAAUUUUACAAGGGUAAAGGUAUGUUUUUUUCUUUUAAAUAAAGUUCCAAAGUAAAGCAGAUUUAAAGAUUUUUCAGUAGUGUGAUGUCAUCAAUGUUCUCGACAACAUCAGUAAAACAGGUAAUGCUUUCUUUAUUGAUUUAUUUUAAAAGCUGAAUGUAAUGUUUUAUUUUUGAAAUUGCAUGACUUUGAUUUCAAAAUGACAACUUUUUGAUGUAUAGAUAAACAACUUAUAAAUUAUGAAUUUUUGUUCACGGUUGUAAGACUGCAUUCUUGUAAAAUUUUGACUUUACUCACAAUAUUAUGACUUCAUCUUGUAAAAAAAAUAAGUAUUUUUUUAAUUCUGGUAAAAAUUUUCACUUUUUCUCAUAAUUUGCAAAUGUUCUUGUAAAAUUAAGACUUUUCUCAAUUUCACAACUAAAUCAAGUAAAAGUUUGACAUUUUCUCAAUUUUACAACUUUAUUCUUAUAUUCGUUGAUUUCUCUUUCCUGGUGGCUCUAAUACUCAGUUGUACUGAGUUCAUUGAAAAAUGUGAAAAAUUUAAUACAGAACUGCAGAAUAUCUUAAAUUAAUAAUCAUGUCAA